AUGGAUAUAUACAAAUGCUUAAAUGUACUUUUCUUCGCUCUUCUACCACAAGUUUGUUCCGAAGUCGGACCUCGCGCCCAUGCUGAAGAGAGGCUGCUCCAGGAUCUGUUUGCACAUUACAAUAAGCUCUCCAGGCCUGUAGAAAACUCGUCAGACACAGUGCUAGUCCACUUUGGAUUGUCUAUUGCCCAGCUUAUUGAUGUGGAUGAGAAGAACCAGAUGAUGACCACAAAUGUCUGGGUCAAGCAGGAAUGGAACGAUUACAAACUCCGCUGGAACCCAGAGGAAUACGAAAAUGUCACCUCUAUCCGUAUUCCGUCAGAGAUCAUCUGGAGGCCUGACAUUGUCCUCUACAACAACGCUGAUGGCGACUUUGCGGUGACUCACCUCACGAAAGCACAUCUGUUUCAUGAUGGUCGGAUAAAGUGGAUGCCACCAGCAAUUUAUAAGUCUUCAUGCAGCAUAGAUGUUACCUUUUUCCCUUUCGACCAGCAAAGCUGCAAGAUGAAGUUUGGCUCGUGGACUUAUGACCGCGCUAAGAUCGAUCUGAUCAGCAUGGAUAGUGAUGUGGACCAGAUGGACUACUGGGAGAGCGGCGAGUGGGUAAUCAUUAAUGCAGUGGGCAAGUACAAUACCAAAAAGUACGAGUGCUGCACAGAGAUCUAUGCAGAUAUCACUUACUACUUCAUCAUCCGGAGGCUUCCGUUGUUCUACACUAUCAACCUUAUCAUCCCUUGUUUGCUUAUCUCCUGUUUGACUGUGCUGGUAUUUUAUUUGCCAUCUCAGUGUGGAGAGAAGAUUACCUUGUGUAUCUCAGUGUUACUGUCUCUAACAGUGUUCCUCCUGCUGAUCACAGAAAUUAUACCGUCCACAUCGCUGGUGAUUCCACUAAUCGGUGAAUACCUGCUGUUCACCAUGGUCUUUGUCACGCUCUCCAUCAUCAUAACUGUCUUUGUGUUAAAUGUACAUCACCGCUCGCCACAAACCCACGGCAUGCCUCACUGGGUGAGGAGAGUAUUCUUGGACUUGGUGCCUCGAGUCCUCUUCAUGAAGCGUCCUCCAGGCACAGCAAAGCAGCACUGCAAGAAGCUUAUCGAGAUGAUGCACCGUCCAGCCACGAUAUCUGCAACAGGCAACUCGCAGGCCUUUUGGACGGGGCUAGAGACAGGAUUGAGACAAAUGGGACAGGUAGGGAAUUCACUCCCAAAGACUCCAUCUGACAGUCCAAGUAUCCUUGUGUGCUCACCUUCUCCACCGUCUUCCCCUCUUGAAGACCACACCGGGGAAGAUCACCCACUGAAGGCCAAUAUUUUCUGCCGGUCCACAUCCAGUCAAUAUUCAGUUGUCUCGGACAAACAGCCCCUUCGGGGACACAACUCAGCAGCCUCAUCUUCUUCCCAGGUGUCCAUGCCCCCGUCUUUGCCACUAGGCCCACUUCGCAGCUUAUCCAGGGAAGAACAAGAUACACUGGCCCCAAACGGCCGCUCCCUCAGUGCUGAGCAAAUGUGCGACCAACAGAAGGAGCUUCCUCAGAGAGCUGGGCAUCGGUGUCGCUCCCGCAGUUUCCAGUACUGCUGUCUGCAAGAUGAAGGGCCUGGGGUCAUCGGGAUCACAGGGCGGGUGAAGAAAGUCCUUACAGAUCACCUAGCAGAAACCCUCACAGCAGAGUCCACUAAAGAUGCAGGUACCCAACAGGAUACCAUGUUUCCAACUAUUUCCCCGGCGAUGCAACGGGCCAUAGAAGGAGUUCAGUACAUCGCUGAUCAUCUCAGGGCAGAGGACGCAGACUUUUCAGUGAAGGAGGACUGGAAGUAUGUGGCCAUGGUCAUUGACAGGAUAUUCCUCUGGAUGUUUGUACUGGUGUGUAUACUGGGAUCUGUGGGACUCUUUCUUCCUCCUUGGAUGGCUGGAAUGAUCUAG